UGUAACCUACUUUUGCAGGUGGUGUUGUUUUGUAAUGCUUCAUGCUGACCAAGAUGGAGAGAAACUACAGGCGUUGCUUCGUCUUGUAACAGAGCUCCUGGAAAGGGUCAAGGUUGUAGAGGCUCUCAGUACUGUUCCUCAAAUGUACUGUCUAGCUGUUGUUGAGGUGGUGAGGAGAAAAAUGUUCAUAAAACACUACAGGGAGUGGGCGGGUGCUUUAAUAAAAGAUGGGAAACACCUAUAUGAAGCUGAAAAGGCAAAAAGGGAAUCUUUUGGUAAACUGUUCAGGAAGUCUUUUCUAAGGAAUCGUUUGUUUAGAGGACUUGACUCCUGGCCUCCAUCCUUUUGUACACGAAAACCUCGCAGAUUUGACAGUGAGCUUCCAGAUAUCUCAUUAAGUGACUUGCAGUUUUUGCAGUCAUUUUGUCCUUCAGAAGUACAGCCGUUACUCAGGGUUCCCAUACUUUGUGACUUUGAACCUCUUCACCAGCAUGUACGUGCUCUACAUAACCUGGUAAAAGCAGCACAGAGUUUGGAUGAAAUGUCACAAACCAUUACAGACCUGCUGAAUGAACAAAAGGCCUCCAACAGUCAAGCAUCGCCACAAUCUGCUACUACACCAAGGAUGGAAAGUACAACAGGAACUGCAAUUGCUACCUCUUCAAGAACUCCUCCAUCACUCAGUCUUCAGGGUCCCCUGUGUCCUCCUGUGUGUCCCCCAGCUCCAUUAGAAGAAUUGUCUCCAGACAGCAUUGAUGCGCAAACAUUUGAUUUUGAAACUAUUGCCCAUCCCAACUUGGAGCAAGCCCUUAAGCAAGGAUCAUUAGAUUUGGAUUCAUUAGCAGAAAGUCCAGAAUCUGACUUUAUGUCAGCAGUAAAUGAAUUUGUAAUAGAAGAAAAUCCAGUAUCUCCUAAUGUAAUAAGUGAUCCCCAAAGUCCAGAAAUGAUGGUGGAAUCUCUUUAUUCUUCAGUUAUCAAUGCAAUAGACAGUAGACGUAUGCAAGAUACAAGUUCUUGUGUAAAGGAUGUUUCAGCAGAAAAUGCAUCUCUCAGUGUUUGCAUGGAGAAGUGUAGGGUUAUUGCUCAAGACUCAAAGGUGCAUUUAAGAGGUAUAAAAGAAGAUCUUUGCCACUUUAGAACACUUGUACAAAGAGAACAGUGUGACUUUUCUAAUUCUUUAAAAUGUACUUCAUUAGAAAUAGUAAAUACUAUUGAGAAGGUAAAACUGUCACUUGAAAAAACACUAAAAGAUAAACAUCAAAAAGAAUUACAGUCUUUGAAAAGUGAAUAUGAAACUAAAAUUAAUAAGUUACUGGAGGAUGGUGAAGAAAAUAAGAAGAAGAUUGAAAAGUUAAAAGGUGACUUACUAGGCCUUGAGGAAGUUAUUCAGAAUAAGAAUGAUGAAUUUGCAGUGGUGAAAAAUGAGAAAGAAGCUGUAGUUUGUCUUCAGAAUGAAAAAGACCAGAAAUUACUUGAAUUGGAAUGCCAAAUGGAGACGCGAAAUUCUGAAAUUAAGGAACUGAGACAGUCACGUGAGAUAGUACUUGAAGACUUGAAAAAACUUCAUGUUGAAAGCAAUGAAAAACUACAGCUCCUGAGGGCAGAACUUGAGAGUUUAGAGCAAAGUCAUUUAAAAGAACUGGAAAGCAACUUACAAGCCAGGCAUUUACAGGAAUUUGAGAAGGUGCUAGCUGAGCACAAGGACUGUUUAGAUAAAUUAAAAAAAGAGAACCAGCACAGACUUGAACAAAUGCAGGAAUCUCAUGCAGUAGUUGUGCAAGAGAAACAACAACAGGUAGAAGAGUUACAACUCAAGGUUUCAGAUCUGUCUGAUUUGAGGUGCAAAUUAGAAGUUGAACUUGCCCUGAAAGAGGCAGAAACUGAUGAAAUGAAGCUUCUUUUGGAAGAAAGCAGAAACCAGCAACAAGAGGCCUUAAAAUCUCAGAUUGAUAAGGAAACUGAAAGCUUAAAGAAGGAGAUAGAUAAAUUAAACAAUAAAAUACAAAUUAACAGUGAUGAAUAUCAAGUGGGCUUAUCGGUCCUAAGGGCUCUGAUGACAACUGAGAAAGAUCAGUGCAUUUCUGAGCUAGUAAACAGAUAUGAAGAAGAAUCAAAUUUGCUUAGAACUGAACUAAAUAAAGUGACACUUCGUCAUCAGAAAGCUUCUGAGGCAGAAAAAAGACUUUCAGAGCAAAUAACGGAACUACAAAGUAAGUUAGAGUUGGAAGCAAAUGCCCUAGAAAAGGAAAAAACAGAAAAAUUGUCUCUCUGUGAGCAGCAGGAAAAAUAUGAAGCUAUUAUCCAUAAGCUUAAGGAAGAGAAAGAACUGUUAGUAUCUAACCAUGAACAAGACAGGCAGUUGCUCAUUCAGAAGCUCAGUUGUGAAAAAGAGGAUGCAGUACAAACUGCUUGUAAAGAGUUUGAAUUACAGAGGGAAGCUGCUGAAAAAGGGCUUUUGGAAAAAAUACAACAACUUGAGAUGCAAGUAAAUCGGAGUCCUCCCACUGAAUCAUCUGCUGAAUCAAGCUUGGUUGCUGAACUUCAAGAGAAGCUUCAGGAAGAAAAAAUGAAGUUCUUAGAGCAACUUGAAGAACAAGAGAAAAGAAAGAAUGAAGAAAUGCAGAACAUCAGAACAUCACUCACUGCAGAACAGCAGACCAACUUUAACACUGUUCUGGCAAGGGAGAAAAUGAAAAAAGAAAACAUAAUUAAUGAUCUUAGUGAUAAAUUAAAAAUGCUUACACAACAGCAAGAAAAAGAUAAAGAUUUGAUUGAAACACUUUCUGAAGAUCGAGCUCGCUUACUUGAAGAGAAGAAAAAGCUUGAAGAAGAAGUUAAUAAACUGAGAAUUAGUAAUUUUUCUCCGUCAGCCUACUCAGUGGCAGCUUCAGAAGCUGGUGGAGCCUGCGCAGCUGAUGUUCUUACUGACACAGACAGAUUGGUUUCUGACAUUGCAGCUGAAGGGAGAAUGGACUCCAUGAUGGAAACCAGUAUGAUGGCUGUGCAUGAAAAUGUCCAUAUGUCUGAAGAAAAACAGAGGAUAAUGCUGUUAGAAAGAACUUUGCAGUUGAAAGAGGAGGAAAAUAAGAGAUUAAAUCAAAGAUUGAUGUCCCAGAGCAUGUCAUCAGUAUCCUCAAGACAUUCUGAAAAAAUAGCAAUUAGAGAUUUUCAGGUUGGCGAUUUGGUUCUCAUUAUCUUGGACGAAAGGCAUGACAACUAUGUAUUGUUUACUGUUAGUCCAACCUUGUAUUUUUUGCACUCAGAAUCACUAGCUGCACUGGAUCUCAAACCAGCUUCAGGUGCAUCUAGGAGACCUUGGGUGCUAGGAAAAGUGAUGGAAAAGGAAUAUUGCCAGGCAAAAAAGGCACAAAACAGAUUUAAAGUUCCUUUGGGUACAAAAUUCUACAGAGUGAAAGCAGUACCAUGGAACAAGAAAGUAUAACACAACAAAAUCUUAGUUUAUUCUGUCUCCAUUCUUUUUUGACUUGUCCUUCAGUGCUCGUUCAUUGCUCCAAAUAGCAGGCCAUCUUUUUAUACUGAGGUCAUGUGACAAGAUACAUCAUUGAUGUACUGCUUUUACUUUUUAACAGGUCACAUUUUAGAAACAAGAAUUUAAUCAAAAACUCUGGCCCUAACUGUUCCAAUUUUUUUACCCAGAUAACUUUAGGAGUGUGGACCAAAUGAGUUCAUUUUCUCAAAGGGCAACCACAUGAAACAUGGUUUGUUAGCCAUGUUAAUUGCCUGUUAAAUAUACAUUAGCUUGUAUUUAGAUGUUAAAUGUUAGUUACCAUUAUUACCAGCAUACGUCCUUUUGUGAAAUCAUUAUCAAAGUACUUGCACUCUUUAACAGAUUCUUUAUAUGUGUAAAAUUCAUCAACUAUUUAAAGAGGAGUGUUCAUUGCAUGCAGAUAAUCAUAUAAUUUUUCUUCAACAUGAGUUUGCCUCAGUAGAUGAAUAAAAAUAACUACUGCAACUUGUUUCAUUACAUGAAAAUGCUCUUUAAUGUUA